ACCAGUUCUGGGCGAUAGCUUGAAAAUGGCCGCCGGGUGUGGUGAGGGGAACGCGCUGAAAUACCCCGUCACCCCCUUUCUAGUCUUCUGACAGCACCUGCGGCAAAGCGGCUCCUUUCCGCCUCAGCGGUGGGCGCCGUUCUGGGGCCAGGUUGUGAGACGGUAUUGGAGUAAAGAAAACUAUAGCUUUCUGUGAAAAUGUCAGUUCUAAUAUCACAGAGUGUAAUAAAUUAUGUAGAAGAAGAAAACAUUCCUGCUUUGAAAGCUCUUCUUGAAAAAUGCAAAGAUGUUGAUGAGAGAAAUGAGUGUGGCCAGACUCCAUUGAUGAUAGCUGCUGAACAAGGCAAUCUGGAAAUAGUGAAAGAAUUAAUUAAGAAUGGCGCUAAUUGCAAUCUGGAAGAUUUGGAUAACUGGACAGCGCUUAUAUCAGCCUCAAAAGAAGGGCACCUGCACAUUGUGGAUGAGCUGCUCAAGUGCGGGGCCAGCUUGGAGCACCGGGACAUGGGAGGAUGGACGGCUCUUAUGUGGGCGUGUUAUAAAGGCCGUACUGAAGUGGUUGAGCUGCUGCUUUCUCAUGGUGCCAAUCCAAGUGUUACUGGUCUGCAGUACAGUGUCUACCCAAUCAUUUGGGCAGCAGGCAGAGGCCAUGCUGAUAUAGUGCAACUUUUACUGCAAAAUGGUGCCAAGGUCAACUGCUCUGACAAGUAUGGAACCACCCCUUUGGUUUGGGCUGCACGAAAAGGUCAUUUGGAAUGUGUAAAACAUUUAUUGGCCAUGGGAGCUGAUGUUGAUCAAGAAGGAGCUAAUUCAAUGACUGCACUUAUUGUGGCAGUAAAAGGAGGCUAUACACAGUCAGUAAAAGAAAUUUUGAAGCGAAAUCCAAAUGUAAAUUUAACAGAUAAGGAUGGAAAUACAGCCUUGAUGAUCGCAUCGAAGGAGGGACAUACAGAAAUUGUACAGGAUCUCCUUGAUGCUGGGACAUAUGUGAACAUACCUGAUAGGAGUGGAGAUACUGUAUUAAUUGGUGCUGUCAGAGGUGGUCAUGUGGAAAUUGUUCGAGCACUUCUACAAAAAUAUGCUGAUAUUGACAUUAGAGGACAGGACAAUAAAACUGCUUUGUAUUGGGCUGUUGAGAAAGGAAAUGCAACAAUGGUGAGAGACAUCUUACAGUGCAAUCCUGACACUGAAAUAUGCACGAAGGAUGGCGAAACACCCCUUAUAAAGGCUACCAAGAUGAGAAACAUAGAAGUGGUAGAGCUGCUGCUGGAUAAAGGAGCCAAAGUGUCUGCUGUCGAUAAGAAAGGAGACACCCCUCUGCACAUUGCUAUUCGUGGGAGGAGUCGGAAACUGGCAGAACUCCUUUUAAGAAACCCCAAAGAUGGACGGUUACUGUAUAGACCCAACAAAGCAGGCGAGACUCCCUACAAUAUUGACUGUAGCCAUCAAAAAAGUAUUUUAACUCAAAUAUUUGGAGCCAGACACUUGUCUCCUACCGAGACAGAUGGUGACAUGCUUGGUUAUGAUCUGUAUAGCAGUGCCCUGGCAGAUAUUCUCAGUGAGCCUACCAUGCAGCCGCCCAUUUGUGUGGGCCUGUAUGCACAGUGGGGAAGUGGUAAAUCCUUCUUACUCAAGAAACUAGAAGAUGAAAUGAAAACUUUUGCAGGACAACAGAUUGAACCUCUGUUUCAGUUUUCAUGGCUUGUGGUGUUUCUGACCCUGCUCCUUUGUGGAGGGCUUGGUUUAUUGUUUGCUUUUACAGUAGACCCAAAUCUUGGAAUUGCAGUGUCAUUGAGCUUCUUGGCUGUCUUGUAUAUAUUUUUUAUUGUCAUUUACUUUGGUGGACGGAGGGAAGGAGAGAGUUGGAAUUGGGCCUGGGUCCUCAGUACUAGAUUGGCAAGACAUAUUGGCUAUUUGGAGCUCCUCCUCAAAUUGAUGUUUGUGAACCCACCUGAGCUGCCAGAGCAAACCACUAAAGCUCUACCUGUGAGGUUUUUGUUUACAGAUUAUAAUAGACUGUCCAGCGUAGGCGGGGAAACUUCAAUGGCUGAAAUGAUCGCCACCCUCUCAGAUGCUUGUGAAAGAGAGUUUGGCUUUUUGGCAACUAGGCUUUUCCGAGUGUUCAAGACUGAAGAUACACAGGGUAAAAAGAAAUGGAAAAAAACAUGUUGUCUCCCAUCUUUUGUCAUCUUCCUUUUCAUCUUUGGCUGCAUUAUUGCUGCAAUUACUCUUCUGGCUAUAUUCAGAGUUGACCCGAAGCAUAUGACAGUGAAUGCUGUCCUCAUAUCAAUUGCGUCCAUAGUGGGGUUGGCGUUUGUGCUGAACUGUCGAACAUGGUGGCAGGUGCUGGACUCACUUCUGAAUUCUCAAAGGAAACGCCUCCAUAAUGCUGCCUCCAAACUGCACAAACUGAAAAGUGAAGGAUUCAUGAAAGUUCUUAAGUGUGAAGUGGAAUUGAUGGCCAGGAUGGCAAAAACCAUUGACAGCUUCACUCAGAAUCAGACAAGGCUGGUGGUUAUCAUCGAUGGGCUAGAUGCCUGUGAGCAGGACAAAGUACUCCAGAUGCUGGACACUGUCCGAGUUUUGUUUUCAAAAGGCCCAUUCAUUGCCAUUUUUGCAAGUGAUCCACAUAUUAUCAUAAAGGCAAUUAAUCAGAACCUCAAUAGUGUGCUUCGUGACUCAAACAUCAAUGGACAUGACUAUAUGCGCAAUAUAGUUCAUCUGCCCGUUUUCCUUAACAGUCGGGGACUAAGCAGUGCAAGAAAAUUUCUUGUGACCUCAACAACUAAUGGGGAUGUUCCAUGCUCAGAUAAUGCAGGGAUGCAGGAAGAUACUGACAGAAGAGUUUCACAAAACAGCCUUGGAGAGAUGACAAAACUUGGUAGCAAGACGGCCCUCAAUAGACGGGACACUUACCGAAGAAGGCAGAUGCAGCGCACGAUAACCCGGCAGAUGUCCUUCGACCUCACAAAACUGCUGGUUACGGAGGACUGGUUCAGUGACAUAAGCCCGCAGACCAUGAGGAGACUGCUCAACAUUGUUUCUGUGACAGGACGAUUACUGAGAGCCAAUCAGAUAAGUUUCAACUGGGAUAGGCUUGCUAGCUGGAUCAACCUAACUGAGCAGUGGCCGUACAGAACUUCAUGGCUCAUAUUGUAUUUGGAAGAGACUGAGGGUAUCCCAGAUCAAAUGACAUUAAAAACCAUCUAUGAAAGAAUAUCAAAGAAUAUUCCAACAACUAAAGAUGUUGAGCCACUGCUUGAAAUAGAUGGAGAUAUAAGAAAUUUUGAAGUGUUUUUGUCUUCAAGGACCCCAGUUCUUGUGGCUCGAGAUGUGAAAACCUUUUUGCCAUGCACUGUAAAUCUAGACCCCAAACUGCGGGAGAUUAUUGCAGACGUUCGUGCUGCAAGAGACCAGAUUAAUAUCGGAGGACUUGCGUAUCCCCCGCUACCUCUGCACGAGCCUCCCCCGCGACCGCCGUCCGGCUACAGUCAGCCAGCAUCCGUCUGCUCUUCGUCCACCUCCUUCAAUGGGCCAUUCGGGGGGGGGGUUGUGUCGCCGCAGCCUCAUAGCAGCUACUACAGCGGUAUGACAGGACCCCAGCACCCCUUCUACAACAGGCCAUUCUUUGCCCCCUACCUUUACACGCCAAGGUACUGCCCUGGCGGCUCCCACCAUCUCAUCUCACGUCCAUCAGUAAAAACGAAUUUGCCCAGAGAUCAGAGCAAUGGCCUAGAGGUUAUCAAGGAGGAUGCUGCUGAGGGCCUUUCUUCACCCACAGACUCCUCGAGGCCGUGUGACUCUGGGUUUAACAAACAGAGACAGGGAUCAGGCCCAGCCUCGGGUACAAUACCACUGAAUUCAAUGAACGUGGAUGCAGUUUGUGAGAAACUGAAACAAAUCGAAGGGCUGGACCAGAGCAUGCUGCCUCAGUACUGUGCAACCAUCAAAAAGGCAAACAUAAAUGGCCGUGUGUUGGCUCAGUGUAACAUUGAUGAACUGAAGAAGGAAAUGAAUAUGAAUUUUGGAGACUGGCAUCUUUUUAGAAGCGCAAUAUUAGAAAUGAGAAAUGCAGAAAACCAAGUGGUCCCUGAAGACCCACGUUUACUGAGUGAAAACAGCAGCUCUGUUCCUCACGGUGAACCUGCUCGUCGCUCCGCACACAGCGAGCUGCCCCACACCGAGCUCUCCAGUCAGGCUCCCUACACCCUGAACUUCAGCUUUGAAGAACUGAACACGCUCGGCCUGGACGAAGGGGCUCCUCGCCACAGCAACCUGAGUUGGCAGUCACAAACUCGCAGAACCCCAAGUCUUUCCAGUCUCACUUCCCAGGAUUCCAGUAUUGAAAUUUCAAAGCUUACUGAUAAGGUGCAGGCUGAGUAUAGAGACGCUUAUAGAGAGUACAUUGCUCAGAUGUCGCAGUUAGAAGGGGGCACAGGUUCCACAACCAUGAGUGGCAGGUCUUCUCCACACAGCACGUAUUACAUGGGUCAGAGUUCAUCCGGGGGCUCCAUUCACUCUAGUCUAGAACCCGAGAAAGGGAAGGAUAGUGAACCAAAGCAAGAUGAUACACGGAAGUCAUUUCUGAUGAAGAGGGGAGAUGUUAUAGAUUAUUCCUCAUCAGGAGUUUCCACCAAUGAUGCCUCACCCCUGGAUCCUAUUACCGAGGAAGAUGAAAAAUCCGAUCAGUCAGGCAGUAAGCUUCUCCCAGGCAAGAAGUCCUCAGAAAGGUCAAGUCUCUUCCAGACAGACCUGAAGCUGAAGGGAGGUGGACUGCGCUAUCAGAAACUCCCGAGUGACGAAGACGAAUCUGGGACAGAAGAGUCAGACAACACUCCACUACUCAAAGACGACAAAGACAAGAAAGCUGAAGGGAAAGCAGAGAGAGCAUUGAAGUCUCCAGAGCACAGCGCAGAGCCCAUUCGAACCUUCAUCAAGGCCAAAGAGUACUUGUCAGAUGCCCUCCUUGACAAAAAGGACUCUUCUGACUCAGGAGUGAGGUCCAAUGAGAGCUCGCCCAACCACUCCCUUCACAACGAGGCGGCAGAUGACUCCCAGCUUGAAAAGGCCAACCUUAUAGAGCUUGAAGAUGACCCCCACAAUGGAAGACGGGGAGUCCCACACAGCCUGAGUGGCCUUCCAGACCCCCUCGUAGCCAGGAUGUCCAUUUGCUCCGAAGACAAGAAGAGCCCUUCCGAAUGCAGCUUGAUAGCCAGUAGCCCCGAGGAAAACUGGCCAGCGUGCCACAAAGCCUACAACCUGAAUCGCACCCCCAGCACUGUGACCCUGAACAACAACAGUGCCCCGGCUAACAGAGCCAACCAGAAUUCCGAUGAGACGGAGGGGCUGAGGGAGAUGCCUCAAGUCCUCCUGAGGUCAGGCUCUAGUUCCCACUCCACUGCUCUGCAGAAUGAGAACCUGAAGAGCAUGGCACAUAAGCGAGGCCAGCGUUCCAGCUACACGAGGCUCUCAAAGGACUCCUCAGAGCUCCACGCAGUAGCCUCCUCCGAUAGCACAGGCUUUGGAGAAGAAAGGGAGAGCAUUCUUUAAGAACAAGCACAAGUAGAAUAGCAUUACUGUGCCCCUGUGACAGGACUGACCUGAGUUUUUAGUGACUCCAUCUGUGCACAUUAUCUUUGUCCAUUUCACUCACAAAACCUUCACGGAUGAGAAGAUCUUGGGUAAAAGAGACACAUACUAUACAGCAGAGGGAAGUGUCAGAAAGCCUGGCUCAUCCAUCAGCCCCAUUGUCUUUAUACUUAGAAGCGUAAAAUCCCACUAUUGUUAUGACACCUUUCAUUGGCAUAUAGCUGCAAGACAAGAUCUGAUUAUACAGAUAGGUCAGAAAGUUUAUUAAAUAUAAGCUGAAUUUGCCAACAAAAGUAACAAGCUAGAGACUCCUUUUGAGGAACAUUCAAUCACUAAAUAUUUGAGGGAAGACAUGAUGCUGAGUGAACCAGAAGCACAUUUUGCUCUUAAGGGGUGAAAAGUCAUGGAAUAGCCUCUAGAGACUAAAGGUUAAUGCACUGUAAGUUGAGAACUGUGUGCUAUAUAACAGAUUGCCUAUCAAAGAGUUUUAAAAUUGUAAGUAGAAAAUAUAAAGAGGGCUUUAAAAGUUGAUAAAAGAGUGAGUCAACAGUGUCCAGAGUAGAGCCCCAGAAACUGGGCCCUUGUGAGUGGCUAGUAGGUUGGCCCAUGGCUCGAGGGGCAUUACCUCCCUAUGACCUAGACACUCUUCUUUCUAAAUCAAGAGACCUGUCCCUAUAUCAGUAUGUGAAUGCUGGGAGAGGAUCAUAUGAAACACUUAGAGAAAAAAAGUUUAAAGACAUGUAACAAAGUAAGGGUAAAAAGAUGAAUCUCGUGUGACUGGUCACUUACUGAUAGAGUUAAGAGAACGGUCCCAUUGAGGUGUGGUGUGAACUGGAGAUGCCCCCUGCCAUCAUGUGUUGACAUCUUUUUGGCCUUUUUAACAUAACGUAUCCAUGCAGCACAAUAAUCUUCAGUCACAAAUAGGAUUGUAGAUGUUGAGAUCCUAGAUGAGCAGUUACCUAAACGUGGUGUUACAUUUUUGACGUUUUCCACUUAACCGGGUUUUUCUUGACAUGCUGAAUAGUUUGUUUAUUUGACCAGUCAUUGCAUUAAAAAGUUGCCUCUUGUGGGUUUUGUUGCCUUGCUGUUUGAGUGUAAUCUAACAUUUCCAUGAAGCAUUUAUUUUGCAUGACCUUAACAAAUGUUUUAAUCAAUUAAAAAAGAAGGCAGAAUGUUGUUGACGUUAUAUGUUGAAAUGUUAACAUUUUAGUAUUUAUAGUGUUUAUUAGUUUGCAGUAUUGUGUAAUCAGCAGUUAUUUCAGGGGCAAUAUUUUGUUCCUUUUCAGGUGAGUAGAUGCAGCUUAAUAUCAUUGUAGUGUAUUCUUUAUUCUGUUUGUGAAGUUAAUACCAGAGUAUUAAGUGUACAAAUAGAUUUAGAACACAAUAAAAAAAUUGCAUGCUAUUCCGAGUCAUGAAUUUUUAUUCACUGCAGUGAUGAUUCACAUUUUGAUUAAAAAUAAAGUAAUUUGUGUGUUUGUUUUGUCAGAGGUCUAAAGUUCGUUGAAGACGUUCAGGUUCACGUAGCAGUCACGCAGCUGGCAGGAGUGUCCUGAGUGACCCUCCCUGGUCUCUUGGAGUGCAUGGCUAUUAGGUCCAGCGUCUGAAUGGUGCUUUUGUGAAGCAUAGUGCCCAAGCGCUGCUCUGUACCGUGCGUUUCUGUAACCACAAGAAG